AUGCAUAUAAUCUUUCGACUGGGUGGCCUGAAUCCUUUCAAGCAGGCUGAGAAGCAUGUCUUUCCAUAUCUAAAGGAUCAUCGGUGCAAGAUAUGGGCAGGAGCGAGUCUGGUAUUCCUGAACUGCAAUCCCAAGGAUCUGCAGGCACUGUGCAGUGCACCCCACUUACUCGAAAAGGGGAAACAAUACCAAAUAUAUGAAAGCUGGCUAUGCCAAGGUAUAUUCACGAGUCGGGUCGAGAAGUGGACCAAGGGACGUAAAAUGCUUAUGCCAGCAUUUAGUUAUGGAAUGCUGAAGCAGUUUGUGGAUGUAUUCAAUCGCCAGACUCAAGUGUUGCUAUCAAGACUUCGGAUAAUGGCUUCGACAGGGGAGUCGGUGGACUUCUUUAAGUACAGCAGCAGCUUUACUCUGGACACUAUUUGUGAGACGGCAAUGGGUGUGUCCGUAGGCGCACAGUCGGUCCAAAAGUCCGAGUACUUCGAAGCGGUUAAAGCUAUUUUGCAGAUUUACGAUCGACGCCUGAGAAAUCCCAUUUACCACUUACACUUCAUAUAUAAAUUGAGCCCACUUUGCCGACGGGAGGGUCAGAUAAUAAAAAAAUUGCACCGUUUCUCGGAGCGCAUCAUUAAAGAGCGGCGAGAGCAACUCAAUAAGGAACAGGCGAAUCAAAUUAUCAGCAGUGCCGCUACUGAAGAUAUAGAUGGUCGACGCAACCUCACCUUUAUUGACAUACUACUUAACGCUAAGACGGAAGAAGGACAACCCUUGCUAGAUAAAGAAAUAAGGGAAGAAGUGGAUACAAUUAUUGUGGCUGGGUUUGAUCUUACGGCUACCACGCUAAAGUUCUUCAUAUUCGAAAUGUGUAAGCAUCCAGAAAUCCAAGAGCUUUGUCGCGAAGAGAUAUGGCAAGUGUGUGGGAAAGAUCCCAAAGAGCCUAUUACAAUCGAGCAAGUGCGUCAAUUAGAGUAUGUGGAUAUGUGUUUAAAGGAAACUCUGCGUCUAUAUCCAUCUGGAUGUGUUGUCUCACGUCGUGCGACCGCAAAUUUUCAUUUAAACGAUUUAUAUAUACCCGCCAACAGUGAGGUGGUUUUCUCACCUCUGUAUAUGGGUCGGUGCGCAGACUUUUUCCCUGAACCGCUCAAGUUCAUGCCGAGCCGAUGGUCCCCCGAUGCUGAACACAAAAUACAGGCCUCAACGUAUAUACCCUUUUUGACAGGAGUACGUAGCUGCAUUGGACAACGUUAUGCCAUGAUCAAAAUGAAGCUUGUGAUUGCUCAUUGCCUCAAAAACUUUCAAUUCUCUCCAGUAGACGACUGGGAUGCAGAGAAGGAAUUGGCCUUUGUUAUCACCUUAAAAACACUGACGCCGUUUUAUUAUAUCCUGCCAAGCUUCGGGAACUUUCUCAGCGAAUGCAAACGUCAUACUAUAGCUUUUUGGAUGGGCCUGCAUCUGGUCAUUCUCACGGAUGAGCCCGAAUUUGUGGAAUCUGUGAUGACUAGCAACGAUAUGCUGAACCGCGCUAUCUGUAUCAGUAAACCGGGCAGGGAUAUAUUUCAAGGCGGGCUCUUGGUGUGCGAAGCUGAAGCCUGGCAUGCACAGCGCAAGUCCAUCAAUGCGGCAUUUCAGCACAAGGUGCUGCUCACAUUCUUCCCCAUUUUUAAUAGGAUUGCGAGCAGUGCAGAAGAGCAAUUGGCACAAUUAGUAGAUAAGGGACCCCAGACCCUGAGCCAGAUGCUGAAGAGCACAAUUAUCAGCGGCAGUUUGGAAACAACUAUGGGCCUAAAGCCAAAUAAUACGAAAAUGGAGCAGGAAGCCAAGACUUAUAUAAGCUCGCUUGAGUUCAUGCAACACAAAUUACCUUUUUUGGCAUUGCUGACAUUUCUGAAUUUAUACGGCUUGUCAUAUUUCUAUGAGAAAUUUCAAGUGGCUAAGAAAUUUUUAUGGCAAUUUACAGAAGAUAUUAUGCUCAGCCAAUUGAAUCAAACAUUUGUGCCCAAUAUACAAGUAUCAGAUGUGGGAAAUGCAGCAAAGCCUAGUUCCGAUGACGAAUUCAUGGCCAUACGCAAACCUCCAGAGAUUUUUAUCAAACAAGCUCUUGAACUGUACAAGCAGCAGAAGCUCAGCUGGCAAAAUGUGGUCUCCAAUGCUAAUGGCCUGAUAGUAGCUUCCUACGAAACAUCGUCCACAGCCGUGCUCUCUACUCUAAUUAUGCUAGCCAUGCAUCCAUCGGUGCAGGAUCGCCUCUACGAGGAAGUAUGCCAAGUUUUUGAACGCACUAGCGAAGACGUAGAGUUUGCCCAUUUGGAGCAGUUGCCAUAUCUUGAUAUGGUUGUGAAUGAGACGCUGCGCCUUAUACCGCCAAUACCUGUAUUGGGGCGACAGGCGAUUAACGAUGCUAAGCUGAGCAAUGGUCUCAUCUUGCCGAGUGGUCUGCAAGUCAUUAUUUCUAUUUAUCACAUACACAGACGUAAGGAUAUCUGGGGUCCAGAUGCAGGCAAGUUCGACCCAAAUAACUUUCUACCCGAACAUGACAGAAAGCGGCAUUUAUAUAGCUUUAUGCCCUUCUCCAAAGGUCCACGAAACUGUAUAGGCUGGCGCUAUGCUAUGUUCUCCUUAAAGAUAAUUGUAGCCCGUUUCAUACGCAAAUAUCGCUUCAGCACCAAGUAUUGCUUUGAGGACAUCAAAUUUUCUACAAACUCAGCAUUAUGUUUUCUAGAGGAGCCCCCAUUGGAGAUCUCGUUUCGAUAA